AUGGCGGGCUCCGAGCCGGGGCCCCCGGGCCGGAGCGGCGGCUCCUCGCGCCUGGCCCCGCUGGGCCCCGAGCAGCUGCGGCGGGUCCUGGAGCAGGUGGCGCAGGCGCGGCCGCCGCCCUCCGCCCCGCGGGCCGCCCCGCCGCCGCCGCCGCCGCCGCCGCCGCCGCAGCAACUGGGGACCAUCUGUGUCACGGUAAUCUCUGGAGACACGGAAGGUCAGGAAAGGCCGAAGCCCCAGCUGGCCACCGUCCAUCCCAGGACAGCCCGGCUGGGCCAGCCACCCGGAAGGCACUGCCAUGUGUUGGGGCUCAGCGUUGCCAGCCCUCGGCUGCUCAGGGCACAGCCCCUCCUGAGCGCCCGGCCGCAGCCUCCCGUCCAGGUGCUGCUCCAGAGGCCACUGCCCGCCGUCCAGCCGGUCCCUGCGGUGAGGCCUGUGGCCCCCCAGGCGCCAGAUGGACCGGGCGCCACAUCCACCCCUCGGGCAGCCUCCGGCCCGCUGGCAGCGACAUCUGUGUCAUCCAGUUCAGCAAAUUUAUUUAUCUCCAACUUGCAUACAAAACACACUGAGAAACUAAAGACAUCUCUGAAAGUGAGAACACGCUCUGGGCGGAUCUCUCGGCCUCCCAAGCACAAAGCCAAAGAUUAUAAAUUCAUAAGGAUGGAGGACCUGGCCGACAGCCACCCCUCCGACUCGGACGAUUACUCGGAACUGAGUGUGGAAGAGGAGGAGGAGCAGAGGGACAAGCAGGCACUCUUUGACUUGCCGAGCGGCUCCCUGAGGCCCCGAGCCUUCCGGUGUCAGGCGUGCGGGAAGUCUUACAUUGGGCAGGGCGGGCUGGCCCGGCACUUCAGACUGCAGCCGGGCCACGGCCAGCCCCAGCCGGAGCCGGCGCUGUCCGAGGAAGCCACGGGGAGCACGGCCCGGGGCGGUGCGGAGGGCAGGCCCCGAGGGCCCGCGUCCCCGGGGCGGUCCCCACCAGCUCCCCUGAGAGCCCGAGGGGCCCCAUCAGCUCAGGGCAGCCUGCAGGACGGUGGGCCUAGAGAAGCGGAGGAGGCGUCGCUGUCGGAGCCAGCAGAUGGACGGUCCUCAGCCCUUUGGGAAUCGGAGAGACACCCAGGACCGGAAAGGGGCUACCCCCCCGCCCCCGAGGGCCGGAGCCGGGCUGCCAGGAGCAGAGCCGGGCUCCGGGAGGUUCUGCAGCGGUGCGCGCGAGAGGACCUCGUGGAGCUGGCGCUGCCCCGGCUGGCGCAGGCCGUGACCGUGCACCAGUUCCUCCUGAAGAAGGCUGAGCGUGGCCGCCCGGCACAGCCCGCGUUCCCGGCCGUGUACAGGGAGUUUGAGGAGCUGCACCAGGCGGUGAAGCAGAUGUGUCAGCAUUACCUCCGGGACCCCGGCCCGCGCUCCCAGCCCCUGGACGUCAAGGCCCCCGAGGUGGCCGAGUCCCUGGGGAUCACGGAGGAAUUCCUGCGCAAGGAAGGCACGCACCCCGAUGGCACUGGACACACGUGCAGCGGCCAAGAGGCGGCCAGCCCGCCGAAGAGGGAGAAGGCGACGGCAGAGGAGGCACGGGCUUCGGCGAAGAGGACCAGAGGGGCAGCUCUGGCCCAGGAGCCCCCCGAGGCUUCGGAGUGUCCGGGCGGCCAGCAAGGGUAA